CGGGGACACACCUCCGGGCGUCGGGGCUGGGCGGCCCAGGGGGUGCCGGGAAGGAAGGCUGGCCAGCGCGCGGAGCCCGCCCCGGCGGGAAGUGGGUGCGACGCGCCUCGGCGGGGUGUGCGGGAUGGGAACGGGGUCCCCCGGCGACCCGCAGCCUCGGGAGCCCCACUGACACCGGCCGGCCGCGGCGGCCCGCGUGGGAGCGACAUGUGUCUGCGCGUCGGUGGCCUGGAUGUGGAUGGCUUUCAGAAGGUGCUGAUGAAGACUGGCCUGGUGCUGGUGGUCCUGGGCCACAUGAGCUUCAUCACAGCGGCUGUGUUGCACGGCACCAUGCUGCGCUAUGUGGCAGCCCUGCACGACGCUGUGGCCCUGCAGUACUGCGUGGUCAACAUCCUCGCUGUCACUUCUGCCAUCGUGGUCAUCGCCACGGGCAUCGCAGCUGCCGUGCUGUCCCGCUACCUCCUCAGCCACCCCCUGCGCUGGGCCGUCUUUAGCUCAAGUGUCGCCUGUGCUCUUUUCUCUGUGACCUGCUCCCUUGGCCUCUUGGCCUCGAUUGCUGUGACCUUUGCCACCCAAGGUCGGGCACUACUGGCUGCCUGUACCUUUGGGAACCCUGAACUACUGGUGCUCAAGCCUGACUGCCCCUUUGACCCCACACGCAUUUAUAGCUCCAGCCUGUGCCUCUGGGCCACCUCCCUCGUGUUCUGCGUGGCGGAGAGUGUGUUUGCUGUGCGCGCCGCCCAGCUCACACACCAGCUGCUGGAACUGAAGCCCUGGUGGGGGAAAAGCAGCCACCCUGCAAUGCAGGAGAGCUCAGAGCCUGUGGACAGCCAUGACCUGCUGAGCUGCACCAGCUCCAUGCCACUGACCCUCUGAGGAUUGUCACACUGCCCCGACACUGGGACCUGCAACCAGCCAGCAUGGUGACCAGUGCCCAGGUGGACGGGGAGGCCCAGGUGGGGCUAGGACUCUUGGAGUUGGCCAAGGCAGGCUCAAUGGAUUCCUGGGUACCCGGGAGGGAUUUUCAACCUCCUUCCCCGGCUACCCAGCCCACUGCACUGAAACGAGACUUUAUUGUGAAGUUAUUAAAAAGAACAGAGAUAUGCUC